GUGCUUCCCUAAGGGAAAAGCCCCAAAAAGGGCCAAAAGAGCAAGGCCAAAGCCAGUCAACUGUGCGCGCUUCCUUCUCACGAAAAUGGCAGCAGUUCUUCCUGUGUUGCUCAUGCUCGCCCACCUCCUCUGGGCCCAUGGUGUCACCGCCUCCACGGCCGCGACGCCGCCGCCCCUCCCUGUCCUGCCGGUCCCCUCCUACGCGCAGCUCCGCUGGCAGCUCUCGGAGAUGGCCCUCUUCCUCCACUUUGGGCCCAACACCUUCACGGACUCCGAGUGGGGCACCGGCCGCGUCGACCCCUCCGUGUUCGCGCCGUCCACGCUCGACGCCGGGCAGUGGGCGCGCGUUGCGGCGGCGGGCGGGUUCCGCCGCGUCGUGCUCACGGCCAAGCACCACGACGGUUUCUGCCUCUGGCCGUCGGCGCUGACGAAGUACUCGGUGGCCGCCUCGCCGUGGCGGGGCGGGGCGGGGGACGUCGUCGGCGAGCUCGCCGCCGCCGCCCGCGCUGAGGGGAUCGGGCUGGGGCUGUACCUCUCGCCGUGGGACCGGCACGAGCCGGUGUACGGGGACACGGUCGCGUACAAUGAGCAUUACAUGGGCCAGAUGACGGAACUGCUCACCAGGUAUGGAGAUGUGGAGGAAGUUUGGCUUGAUGGUGCGAAGGGCAAGGGAAAGAAGAUGGAUUACAUGUUUCAUGCCUGGUUUGCCCUUAUACAUCAGCUACAGCAAAGGGUUGUUAUCUUCUCAGAUGCUGGACCGGACACUAGAUGGGUAGGAGAUGAGGCAGGGGUUGCGGGUAAUACUUGCUGGUCUCCCUUCAACAAGAGCUCCGUGACGAUUGGGCACAUCGUUGCUGAAUAUUCGCAGAAUGGGGAUCCUUUCGGGGAAGACUGGGUUCCAGCAGAAUGUGAUGUUUCCAUCAGGCCAGGUUGGUUUUGGCAUGCCUUAGAGAAACCAAAAAAUGCGACAACUCUGCUUGACAUAUACUACAAAUCAGUUGGUAGAAACUGUCUCCUCAUUUUGAAUGUCCCUCCCAAUUCAUCUGGCCUCAUUUCCGAUGAAGAUGUGCAAGUCCUUCAGGAAUUCACUGAGAUUCGCCGUAGAGUUUUCUCUCAGAACUUAGCUGCCAAUGCCACUGUCACAGCAAGCAGUGUGCGCGGUGGGCUGGACAAUCUGCAGUUUGCACCCUCCAAUGUGCUUGAAGAUGGCAUAUACUCCUACUGGGCUCCACAGGAAGGGCAAACCUGCUGGGAAAUGUUUGUCGACCUUGGGCAAUAUACUCCCUUCAACGUGCUCCAGCUCCAGGAGCCUAUCGAGUUGGGACAGCGUGUGAUAAAGUUUCAUGUGGAUACCCUAACAGAUGAACGGUGGCAAACGAUUAUUGAAGGCACGACAAUUGGGUACAAGAGGCUAAUACAAUUCCCAGUCAUUGAAUCUCGAUACCUGAAGCUAACUAUUGACAGUGCACGCUCGGAUCCACUGAUCUCAUUCUUUGGUGUCUUCAUGGAUCCCUUCUCGAGCAGAUAUAACUUGGAGAAUCAUGGUAAACCACCCAGUACAAAUAGUAGUGAAGUUAUAAUGUUGAGGACGGACCAUGCUUCUGGCAACAAGAGUACUGCCACAAUGUGGCGCGAGACCUUCAACUCCUGGCUCACCAAGGAGCCCUUCGCGCCGCUCAUCCCUCCCCACUGCGACCACCUCCUCACCGCCGCCUACUCAUUCCUCGUCUCCCACGGCUACGUUAACUUCGGCGUCGCCCCGGCCAUCAAGGAGCGCAUCCCCAAAGAACCCACGAGGCCCACCACUGUCGUCGUCAUCGGCGCUGGCCUUGCUGGUCUCGCCGCGGCGAGGCAGCUGGUCGCAUUCGGGUUUAAAGUGAUCGUCCUGGAGGGCCGCAAGCGGUGCGGUGGCCGCGUGUACACGAAGAAGAUGGAAGGCGGUGGGCGCUCGGCUGCUGCUGACCUUGGCGGCAGCGUGCUUACCGGGACAUUAGGGAACCCGCUUGGAAUUGUGGCGAAGCAACUCGGCUUGCCGAUGCACAAGAUUAGAGACAAGUGCCCACUUUACCGGCCGGAUGGUUCACCAGUGGAUCCAGAGGUGGAUAAGAAAGUGGAGAUUACGUUUAACAAGCUUCUUGAUAAGGCCAGCAACCUGCGUGCAUCCAUGGGGGAGGUGGCAGUAGAUGUCUCGCUCGGGGCGGCGCUUGAGACGUUACGGCAGGCAGAUGGGGGCGUCUCCACACAGGAGGAGAUGAAUCUGUUCAAUUGGCAUCUCGCAAAUCUGGAGUAUGCCAAUGCAGGAUUGCUGUCGAGGCUGAGCCUUGCAUUCUGGGACCAGGAUGAUCCAUAUGACAUGGGUGGCGAUCACUGCUUCUUGCCUGGUGGCAAUGGGAGACUUGUGCAGGCCCUUGCGGAGAAUGUGCCAAUUGUUUAUGAGAGGACGGUGCACACUAUAAGGUAUGGAGGGGAUGGGGUGCAGGUGGUUGUCAAUGGUGGGCAGGUAUAUGAAGGGGACAUGGCGCUAUGCACAGUUCCACUUGGGGUUUUGAAAAAUGUAGGCAUCAAGUUUGUACCUGAGCUGCCACAAAGGAAGCUUGAUGGUAUUAAGAGGCUAGGCUUCGGGUUGUUGAACAAGGUAGCCAUGCUGUUUCCACAUGUUUUCUGGAGCACCGACCUUGAUACCUUCGGACAUCUGGUUGAGGAUCCAAGGCGACGUGGGGAGUUCUUUCUGUUCUAUAGCUAUGCGACAGUGGCUGGUGGUCCAUUGUUGAUGGCCUUGGUUGCUGGUGAAGCUGCCCACAAUUUUGAAACCACGCCUCCAACUGAUGCUGUCGGCUCAGUUCUUCAGAUACUGAGAGGUAUCUAUGAACCACAAGGGAUUGAGGUUCCAGAUCCUCUACAGAGUGUUUGCACUAGAUGGGGCACAGACUCCUUCAGUCUAGGUUCAUAUUCCCAUGUUGCUGUUGGAGCAUCUGGAGAUGACUAUGACAUAUUAGCCGAAAGUGUUGGUGAUGGGCGGCUUUUCUUUGCUGGUGAGGCUACCACGAGGCGUUACCCAGCAACAAUGCACGGUGCAUUCAUCAGUGGCUUGCGGGAGGCUGCUAACAUCACACUCCAUGCCAAUGCCCGAGCAGCAAAGACUAAAGUGGACAAAAGCCCAUCGACAAACACACAGGCUUGUGCUGCUAUAUUAAUGGACUUGUUUAGGCAACCAGAUUUGGAGUUUGGGAGCUUCUCUGUCAUUUUUGGAGGAAAAGCUUCUGAUCCGAAGUCCCCAGCUAUUCUAAAGGUGGAACUUGGUGGCCCUCGAAAGAAAUGUGCAACUGAAGGGGCAAAGGCGGAACAGCACCACUCAAACAAAUUGUUGUUUCAGCAGCUCCAGUCACAUUUUAAUCAGCAACAACAACUUUAUGUUUACACAUUGCUAUCGCGACAGCAGGCUAUGGAGUUAAGAGAGGUUAGAGGAGGUGAUGAAAUGAGGCUGCACUACCUCUGUGAAAAACUGGGGGUUAAAUUAAUUGGCAGGAAAGGUCUUGGUCCUGGGGCAGAUGCUGUGAUUGCAUCCAUUAAGGCGGAACGUAACAGAAGUCGAACAAAACCUGGCCCCUCAAAGAUGAAGGAGUCUCUAAAGCCUAGAUUUGCUGCAUCAUGAUCACUGACUGCCACUAUUUCCAUUCUUUUCAGCCUGACUACCUAUAAUUGAUAUAUCAAUCAGGUAACGAAGGUGUCAUUUGGAUGGAGCAUCCGCUAGUAUGUGCUAAAUUCGUUCCAGCCUUCCAGGCCAAUCCUGCAUCACAUAUCUGGCGAUUGUUUGAGUAAAAUAGAUUGGGAGUUCUCCUAGAUUCCUGUAAUUUGCAUCUUUUUUUCAGAGAGAAGCUGUUGUAGUGAAAUCUGGGGAUCCAGCACAGCUUAUUGUUUGUGGUGUAACCGCUAAUUCUUGAAGCUUGUAGGUGGAUGUUUUUUCGUAAUUUCAAAUUGAAAUAAGAAUGUAGAUGGUUACAUGGUUUUAGAUA